AUGUUUAAAUUUAUAGCAAUGGUACCACUCGUCUCAUUUCUGGCAGCUUUAAGAAUACUUACAGAAGCCCAAAGUUGUAACAAUGGAUUAGGAAAAUUGGUUUAUGAGAAAGUUGUAGAUUACAAACUCAAUGGUAACGUAGGCUUUGGAACAAAUCAAAUAACCAAAGAAGUGAUAACAAAAAAUGAUGAACCAAUUAAAGUGUUAGAAGAAUGUAUACGUCGGUGUCAAGAGGAUAGACUGACCACAAUAGCUAAUUGCUUGUCGUUUGACUUUUCUCCGGGUCGGCGGCGGUCCAGUCCUUUCAAAAAUCCUCCUGAAUACGAAACCUCCAGUUGUACUCUAUAUAAUGAUAGGGGAAGUCCUGAUGGCGAAGAAACUUUGGUCAAAGAAGAAAACUAUUGGCAUUACAAUGAAGUUUGUCUCACAUCAGCUAAAGUUAGCACUCAAUGUCCUAAUCGUCUCUAUAUAUUUGAGAGAAUACCCGGAUAUAAAUUGCAAAUGAGUGACGACAAAGAGUUUACCACAAAAAAUAGGACCGAAUGUGAAGAUAAAUGUCUUAACGAAAUGACAUUUGUUUGUAGAAGUGCUUCUUAUAACAGAAAAACAAGUAAAUGUCGAUUAAGUACUGAAACACGUUAUAUAAAUCCCCAAAAUUUCAAAGUCGACCCUAACUCUGAUUAUUUGGAAAAUAUGUGCAUUCAAAGUGGAUCUGAAAUGUGCUCUUGGAGUGCAUUUAUUCUGGAAACAGCCAAACAAUUGGAUGCGAUAUAUGAGCGGACACUUAUCACAGCCAAUGAAUUCAAUGAGUGCUCCAAUGCUUGCUUCGAGAGUUUGGAUAAAAAUGGAUUUCUUUGUCGAGCCUUUGCUUUUGAUGAAACGGGACAGACAUGUAUUCUCUACGAUGAGGACCCACUUUCUUAUGAAGAGAUCACAUCAACUGAUUCCUCUCAAAAUCAAUAUAAAACCAGACAAUUAAAGCCUUCUGCUGCUAAUUUGUACAGAUUUUUGUGCGCAAGUGAUGAAAAAGAUCGAAGCGGAAGUGGUAUAUAUCCGCACAGUUAUGCCAGUCAUUUAUAUGAACAAAGAGCAGGCUUUCAUAGCGGUGCUCCCGGUAUUGCCAGUCCUGAAGCAAUAUAUGGUGGAACUGGUGGAACAUAUCAACCGUGGAAUAAUGGUUAUCAAGGAAGAGAUCAUCAUAGAGGAGGCUUUAGUUAUGAUGAGUAUGGACCGGGAGGUUAUACAUCUAGAAGAGGAUUUACAUCAAAUUAUGCGUCACCUAAUCGAUACCCGGGAUAUGGUGUACCACCUUAUGGUUCAUUCAGUCAAAAUAUGAUGACACAUACAAGCCAUCCUAUUAGUACAAUUGGUGGUAGUGCUAGUGGAUCGGGAUCUGGUAGUAUUUCUGGACAAUCAUCUCAAAUGCCACCAACCUAUGGAAUUCCUUACAAUGUAGGAUCUGGUGGUUCUUAUAAUUCAAUUCAGGCUCCAUAUCCACCACAAAAAGGAACAGAUUUGUGUAAAUAUUCAUCAGUUUCGAGUGUCGGACCUCCAGUUACGGCUCGUUUUUCACGAAUUGGAUUUAGUUCUCGUCUUCGAAGUCAAUAUGUGUUCAAAGUUGUUCGGGCGGAUAAACUUGAAGACUGUGAGCGGGCCUGUACUGAGACCAGAGAUUUUGUUUGUAAAUCAUUUAAUUUUCGGGCAUUUUUUCCGGACAACUGUGAACUCAGUCAUUUCGACUCAAAAGAAUUCAAAUACGAUAACCCAACCUAUUUUGAACAUAACUCUCAAUAUGAUUAUUACGAGCGUUCAGACAUAGCUACAGCUCCGGGCGGACCAACAACUAGUGCUGACUGUAUGGAAGUAACUCAAACCUGUACUCCGGAAGGCAUGGAAUUCAGUUUACGAACUUCUGAAUCAUUUUAUGGCCGCAUAUAUACCUAUGGGUUCUAUGAUUCGUGUUUUUAUGACGGAAAUGGAGGUACAACUAGUCUAUUGAGAAUAAGUCGGGCUAAUGGGUUUCCACGUUGUGGUACUCAACAAUACGGUGAUGCCAUGACCAACAUUGUGGUCGUUCAGUUCAAUGAUUAUGUACAGACCAGUAGAGACAAGAAGUACAAUCUAACAUGUUUUUUCUCGGGACCCGGAGAAGCAGUGGUCACUUCUAACUAUUUGGACACUAAAACGGAUGGUCGACAUCCGACCCAAAUUGAACACUUGCCCGCACAGAAUAUUCUCACUUCUAAUGUUGUGCUUAGAGUUCUAUAUAGAGGAACGCCUACUAAUACUAUAGUUGUGGGAGACUUACUUACUUUCCGUUUGGAAGCCCGAUCGCAAUAUCGAUAUGACUUAUAUAACAAUGAUAUAUUUGCUGCAAAUGUCAUAGCAAAAGAUCCCUAUACCGGUCGACAGGUGCAUUUGGUUGACUCCAAAGGAUGCCCAGUCGACUUGUAUGUAUUCCCAGAAUUACAUAAGACACCAGACGGUGCCCUCGAAGCAGAAUUCUAUGCUUUUAAGAUUCCAGAUUCAAAUUUUCUUGUAUUUCAAGCAACUGUACGCACCUGUAGAGGUCCCUGUGAACCGGUAAUUUGCAAUGAUAGAGGAAGGGGGUCGGGAUCUUUCCCAUCAUGGGGUAGACGCAAGAGGUCAGUCAAUUCUACAAAGGAAUCUACAAUUAAAAGCAAUUUCACCGAAGAAGCUGAUGAAGUGCACGAAUUGCUUAGAGUUUAUCUUUCAAGAGAGGACGUACCACCUCCUGAAAGUAAACCUCAAAUUAAUCCGUUAACUGUUUCAUCAAAAAUUUGUGUCCCGCAUACGGGCUAUUAUAUGUUGGUCACUGUCCUUACUAUAUUGACUUCUAUUUUAAUGAUCAUAAGUGGAACCGCAGCUCUUGUUUACUUUAAAAGAAGCAAAUCUGAGACAAAAUCAGUUGAUAUACUAAAACCAAAACAAACAAAUGGCAACUUUUAUGUAAAUGCAUUGCCACCGACACAAUCAAUGGCAUCUCAUCAUAAAUUUGAAGACCCGAGUGAACCCAUAUAUACUGAUCCAUCACUUUUUGAACGAUCGCGAAGUUUAAGAAGUGUGACAACAGUUUCAAAUUUUGCAAACAUAGGUUGCAAUCAAUAA